UGCUAUACAAAUAACCCAAAUGAGAGCCCAAACAACCGAACGACACUCGACUAAGAUAAAUAAAAUUAAAAAAUCUCUAGCCUUGAUUAACCCAAACGAGAGCAUUAGCUUCUGGCAACCCUAAAAAAAAAACACAAGUCCUCGAAGAGCUCACAAAAAAGCCUAAAAAUAUGGAUAAACCGACAAAAAAUCUGGCGAAUGAUUGCGUAAAUAUUACCAUUACUUUUUAUAUAUAUGCAUAUAUGCUAUGAUUUUGUUAUACUUUUUUAAGGAGGAAAAAUAAUUCCGAAUAUAUAUUUCCGGAAUAUUUUUAUUAUUCUAAAUACUAAAACUUAUCAACAACUAUUGGAAAUUGAAUGGUUCUUUCAGAGAGUAUAUUUCAAUCUUUUUUAUAUGAAUGUUUCAUAUAUAUCUAAAUCUAGAUCUAAAGAUCUAAAUUUCAAAUUAUUGGUUUUAAACCAGUGAUUAUCUAUUAUCAGGUAAUAGAAUAAUUAUGAUUAUUAAAAAUCAGUGAGACACCAUUAAUUUUAAGCCUUGAUAAUAUCUACAGUAUUAAUUACAAAUUCGUGCGAAUAAAAAUGCUAUAAAAACCCUUUAAUCACAAAAUUUAUUUUAAACUAAAUUCGAAAAUGUGUCGCGCAGUUUCAAUAAUACUUGUUAUCCUCCUGAGCUUGGUAACAUAUUCUCUAACAGUGAAAUACGAAUUCAUAUUGGAGGAGGAAAAUAUAUUUUCCAAGUGUCACGAUGAGCACCCGGGUUAUUCCGAUAUAAACAAACUUUUGGAUUUAUCAAACUUUUCAAUGAAAUUCGUAGAAGGCGGAACAGAAGUAUCUGGCUAUUUAACUACGCUAUGGGAUAACGAACCAACAGAUAUCAUUCAGGCCUCUGUUGGUGUUACUUACCUUGAUCGUGGAUUUUGGCAGCCAACUAUAUUGAAUAUGAAGUAUAACGAUUUCUGUAGCAUUUGGAUAGAUAAAAACAAUUUUUUCUAUCAAGUCACUUCCCAUAUUCUCAAUUAUGAUGAAGCGAAAAAGAACUGUUUAAAUGUUGCAGGAACUAAGCUUACUUUUGAGCCAUUUGUUAUGUCUAUUACAUAUGGCUUAGAUGUACCGCUGAGACCUGGUCGGUACAAAAUGACUUAUCUACUAACUGCAGUAGACAAACAUGGAAACCUUCGACCCACACCGAUUUGUGCGGAUAUUAAUGGUAGCUUUGAGAAACUGAAAACAAAGUAACAAUUUGAUUCAUGUUAAAUGAUUGUAAAUCUAACGAUGCAAGCCUUUAAGUAUGUUAAAAUGGAAAAAUAAAUAAAUAAAAGGUUUGCCAAUUCAAAAACAUAUUCCAAAACCCUUUGGAAAUAAUAAGCUUAA